AAAAAAAAAAAAAAUGGCAGAAGCAGGGCAAGACGAAGAAGAACACACAACAUUCCCCUUAAAAAGAAAGCCCCAAGAUAUUCCUGUUGGAGAAGAAGAAAAAGAAGCCAUUGCCAACUCUCACGAAGACGACGAUGUAAACAAGAAGCAAAAACUCUCCACUACUGAUUCUUCACUCGCGCAGGACGAAGAAGAAGAAGACGAAGAGGACUAUGAAGGUGAGGAUGACGAGGAGGAGGAGGAUGAGCCGUCUAACGGUGAGGUGGUAGUGGAUCGUAAGGGAAAGGGGAUUUUAAGGGAUGACAAGGGCAAGGGGAAGAUGAUUGAGGAUGAUGAUGAUGAUUCUAGUGAUGAUUUUGGAAGCCAAUCUGAUGUUGACACUGAUACUGACCUCUCUGAUGACCUACUGGCCGAGGUCGAUUUGGGUAACAUCAUUCCCUCCAGGACUCGAAGGCGUACCCAUCAGUCCGCCCUUAAGAUAUCUGAUGAUCCCGUUAAACCUGAUGCUUAAUUCAGUUUUGAUCUCCGCAAAAAAAUGCCAUUUUAAUUUUGAACAAAAUCGAGUCUUUACAUAAGCCUAAGUCUUUAGCAAUGUGGUCGAAUAGUUGUGUAUUUCGACUUGGAUCUAUAUUUCUCGUGUAGUAGAGCAACUGAGCUACCCUUAACAUUUGCUAUUAAUCUCUCUCUUACAGUUGGUUUCU